UGCGUGCUGUUGGUAGAUGGGUCGCUGCGUUCACCUGCUCUGGUGGCAGUGGCUGCAUCAGGCGUUUCAGACGAGAUCAGAGGCGCCUGGGGCCGCCCAGGAGAGGAAGAAGGAGGAGUUCAGAGAACUACAUGAAGAACCAACUGAUCCUCAGGCACAGCAGGAAAUAAUUAACAGCAUUGAAGAAGUUUAUUUUUCCAAUGAUUCCUUUGAUAUUGUGAAGUAUGAGUUAGAGAGGCUUCCUCCAGUACUUAUUCUUCAAGAACUGGAAGAGUACAGAGACAAAUUAAAACAACAGCAAGCUGCUGUAUCUAAAAAAGUUGCAGACUUGAUCCUUGAGAAACAGCCUGCAUAUGUUGAGGAACUUGAACGUGUUACAUCAUUGCAGACUGGCCUUCAGUUAGCAGCUGUUAUUUGCACAAAUGGAAGAAGACACCUGAAUAUAGCAAAGGAAGGCUUCACACAAACUAGUUUGGGGCUUCUUGCAAAUCAGAGGAAGCGACAGUUGCUUAUUGGACUGCUAAAGUCUCUGAGAACAAUAAAAACACUGCAAAGAACUGAUGUGCGUUUGAGUGAGAUGUUGGAGGAAGAGGAUUAUCCAGGAGCUAUUCAGCUGUGCUUAGAAUGCCAGAAAGCUGCCAGCACCUUCAAACACUACAGUUGUAUAAGUGAGUUAAAUUCAAAACUGCAAGACACCUUGGAACAAAUAGAGGAACAAUUGGACGUAGCACUUUCCAAAAUAUGCAAGAAUUUUGAUAUCAAUCAUUAUACAAAGGUUCAGCAGGCUUACAGGCUGCUUGGAAAAACACAGACAGCAAUGGACCAGUUACAUAUGCACUUCACUCAAGCCAUCCACAACACCGUGUUUCAAGUAGUCCUUGGAUAUGUGGAGCUGUGUGCAGGAAACACAGACACCAAGUUUCAGAAGUUACAGUACAAAGACCUCUGUACACAUAUUACAUCAGACAGCUACAUUCCAUGCCUGGCUGAUCUCUGCAAAGCCCUCUGGGAAGUCAUGCUCAGUUACUACCGAACGAUGCAGUGGCAUGAGAACCAUGACCAAGAUGAGGCAGCAGUUGUGUCUUCUGUUUCAGAUGGCAACACUGUGAUGGGAACUGAAGAGAACAGUUUUGACCGCAACUAUGUGAAAAAGAAAUUAGAACAUGGGCUUUCACGAAUAUGGCAGGAUGUUCAAUUGAAAGUGAAAACAUAUCUUCUGGGAACGGAUCUGUCUAACUUCAAAUAUGACGACUUCAUAUUUGUACUUGAUGUUAUCAGCAGGCUGAUGCAAGUUGGAGAGGAAUUUUGUGGCAGUAAGUCUGAAGUUUUGCAAGAAUCUAUCAGAAAACAAAGUGUUAACUAUUUCAAAACAUACCACAGAACCCGUCUUGAAGAACUAAGAAUGUUUUUGGAGAAUGAGACCUGGGAACUUUGUCCUGUUAAAUCAAGCUUUAAUAUUCUGCAGCUUCAUGAAUUUAAGUUCAUGGAGCAGUCACGUUCCCCAUCGGUGUCACCCAGUAAGCAGCCUGCUUCAGCAAUUUCAGCAACGCUGACCUUAUUUGAGCAGUACUGUAAUGGAGGAAACCCAUUUGAAAUUCAGGCCGACAACAAAGAUGACGAGACAGAGGACGUGCUAGCUUCCAAUGGGUAUGAAUCAGAUGAACAAGAAAAAGGUGCAUAUCAAGAGUAUGAUAGUGACAGUGAUGUUCCUGAAGAGUUGAAAAGAGAUUAUGUGGAUGAGCAGACAGGAGAUGCCCCGAUAAAAAGUGUUUCUCGAGAAACUCUGAGGAGCAGAAAGAGAUCAGAUUACAACCUCAAUAAAGUGAAUGCACCUAUUCUAACAAACACUACCCUGAAUGUAAUACGGCUUGUUGGGAAAUACAUGCAGAUGAUGAAUAUUCUGAAACCAAUUGCAUUUGAUGUGAUCCACUUCAUGUCCCAGCUCUUCGAUUAUUAUCUGUAUGCAGUCUAUACGUUUUUUGGCCGAAAUGACACGUUUGAAUUAACAGGGCUGGGCCUCAGUAGCAGCAGAUUACGCACCACACUGAACAGAAUCCAGGAGAGUCUGAUUGAUCUGGAGGUCUCUGCUGAUCCUUCAGGAACUCUCACAGCUGCUGAAGAGAGAAAAGAGAAGGUGCCAAGCCCACAUCUCAGUCAUCUCGUAGUUUUGACAUCUGGCAAUUCACUGUAUGGUUUGGCAGAGAGAGUGGUGGCCACAGAAUCCUUGGUAUUUCUGGCUGAGCAGUUUGAAUUUCUUCAACCUCAUCUUGAUGCAGUGAUGCCAGCUGCCAAGAAGCCUUUUCUUCAGCAGUUCUAUUCUCAGACAGUGUCAACUGCCAGUGAACUACGUAAACCAGUGUAUUGGAUUGUUGCUGCUAAAGCCAUUGAUUAUGAACAAAUGCUACUUCUCAUGGCUAAUGUGAAAUGGGAUGUGAAGGAAAUCAUGUCACAGCACAAUGUAUAUGUAGAUGCUCUUUUAAAGGAAUUUGAAGAAUUUAACAGAAGGUUGAAUGAGGUGUCUAAGAGAGUCCGUAUUCCCCUGCCAGUUUCCAACAUCCUUUGGGAACACUGCAUACGCUUGGCCAAUAGAACUCUAGUGGAAGGUUAUGCCAAUGUAAAGAAGUGCAGCAAUGAAGGACGUGCCUUGAUGCAACUGGACUUUCAACAGUUCCUAAUGAAACUAGAAAAGUUAACAGACAUUAGGCCUAUUCCAGAUAAAGAAUUUGUGGAGACCUACAUUAAAGCAUACUACCUAACAGAAAAUGACAUGGAACGCUGGAUAAAAGAACACAGGGAGUACUCCACUAAGCAGUUGACCAAUCUGGUGAAUGUUUGUCUGGGCUCCCACAUCAACAAAAAGGCAAGACAGAAGCUGUUAGCUGCCAUUGACGACAUAGACAGGCCUAAAAGAUAACUGGAGAAAGCUGCUUUCCUUGUGACUUGUACCUUUUUCUGUUCAUGUGAAGCAUGCAGACAAAUCUCCCAUGAACUAAUGACAACAUGAAAUGUUGUGCAUGACCUUUCUUACCAACAUUGGAGGCACUCUGAAGUGACAUAGUGUUCUAAAAUAUGACUUUUCUAAUCUGUAGAAUUCUUUUCUGUUUUCUUUCUUUUUUUUUUUUUGUUACUUGCCCUUAGUAAAGGGCCACUGUUUGUGUAUCAUUGGUGAGCUGUAUAUUUUGCAAAAGUUAUACUGUAAGUAAAAUCAAAAUCAGAUAGAAAGACACUGGCUUAAUAUAUCAUUGAUGCUCUUUUUAAAUAAAAGGGCUACUGGAAAAUAUGAUUUCUUUCCUCCCUGCUUUCACCCUCAGAAAUUGUGCUAUACUAUGGACCAGUGUAAAAUGAAAGGAAAUGUACAAUAUUCAAUCGAUGUAUCCUGCAUGUGGAUUAAGAGUCCAGAUCAACUAAAUAACUCUCAUGUUAAAGCCCCUCAUCUUUAUAUGUAUUUAAAAAUGUCUGUUUAUUUCAGAAUUAAUUUAGUCAUAUCAAAAUUAUUGACCUCAUAUUAAUAGAAGGUAAUAAAUACUGUACACUAAUAUGA